AUGGUCAAAAUGGGAACCAUUGCUGCAGCCAUUCUUCUACUUUCCGCGAGUGUUAUCCUCACAGAUGCUAAUCUUUCGAAGCUUCCACUAGCUAUGCAAAUAGCGUUUCGCAAGCUACAACUUCUCGUCCACAACGACGACAAACCCAAAGGAACGCCUUUUUCUCCUCUAAGCGCCAAGCCUGAUCCUUCUCAACGCAUCGCUAUCGUUGGUGCCGGAUUAGCGGGGCUUCAUAUGGGUUAUUUGCUCAAGAAGAAAGGCUUCAACAACACUGUGGUCUUUGAGAAAGAUUCCCGCGUCGGUGGUAAAGUCAUGAGUGUGUGGCAUGAUGGUAUUCCACACGAACUAGGUGCGUGUUACACAAGUCCGGACUACAUAACUAACGUUUACGCUUUGGCUAAAGAACUUGGCGUCGACGAUUUUGUUCCCCUGUCUCCGAGCACGGCAUGGCUAGACAAUCUUCCAUACCCGUUGACGUUUAGAGGAUACGUUAUCCUUGAAGUCAAACGCCUUACCAACGCUAAGGACCCUGUAGAAGCAGUUGGUAACCUUAUCAAGGCAACCUAUCGAUACUCUGUUCUCCAUCGUCAAAUGUUUGGUAAAUAUGAAGGCGAGUUGAUGUACAAACCAUCCAGUCAAGUUCUCUCUCAACUCAAUAGCACUUUCAUGGCUUUCUUGGAAAAAAAUCGUCUUCUCGCUCUGGUUCCAGUUCUGACAGCUUCUCACACGAUGCAAGGGUAUGGCCACCUUGAUAGAGUACCAGCUCUCUACGGAAUGCUUUGGGAUACGCCUAAAUUUCUUUACGCUAUGCUUGCAAGAAGCCUCGGUGUUUCUGGGGGAGGUGUUGAUAUGUUUCGCAAUGGCUUCCAACAGAUGACCGACAAACUAGCAGCUUUCUCUGACGUCCACCUUAAUAUCGCCAUUGAAAACAUCAAACGAGAUUCUACUGGUGUGACGAUCAAGUUCAACGACGGCAAAGAUAGGACCGAGAAGUUUGACUUUCUGAUCUGGGCUGCUGAUACUCGAGAAGCUCUUCGUGUUCUGGAACACACUACACCCUUAGAAGAAGAAUUCUCCCACCUCAGAAAUACUUGGUUCACUACAACCUUGUUUGACUCCAAAGAGCAAUGUCGUUCUUACACUCCCAUAGAUUACUGGCUUAGUAACUUGUACAACAAAAGAGAGCAAAGUGUUUGGGCACGAAGGAACUCCAGAUACGUCCUCAAGGGUGGACACUGUCCUACAACGAAAGGAUUGAAAUCUAAUAUUUCUACUGUAGCAUAUCAAAUGGGUGAUCACUCUCCUAUGGGAACCUCUCUACUCUGUGAAACAUUCAACCAGCAUUUCAAGAGGCACCUUGGAGUAGAUACCAUCAGUGUAAUCAAAAGCAAGUCAUGGAAUUAUUUCCCGCGUUUUUCGGUGGAGAAAACGGCUGAAGGAAUCUUGUGGAAAAUAAUCGAGAAUCAAGGGAACGAGAAGACUUGGUAUAUUGGUUCAUCGGUGAUAUUUGAGUCGACCAAAAGUGUGUUGGAGUACAAUCGGCUCAUGAUGAGAAGAAUGGAGAUGUGA